AUGCCGUUGUAUGGUGCGCGGUUGGUAUAUUCUAGACAUAUUUCAACUCGAAAUUUGUCCGGUUUGCCGGACACCUUCAAACCUUUCAAACUUAUCAGUCGGGUAAUUUCUUAUAUUGAUGAUGUGACAGGUGCUACAGAAGUUCGUGAAGCUCAUGCAACGUUAAGACAGAACGAAAAAAAAUUGCAAGAUGCUCAAGUAUUACGGCGUAAAAAACGUGAUGAGUUGGAUGCGUUACAAAUUCGUAUGAAACAGAUACACAGUGAACUGGACAGAUUUUCUCGUGGGGAUGAUAAGUAUUUACGUCUGUUAACUGAAGAACAUGCGGUCAUAAAAAGUGAGCAACUUUUAAUUGCUGAAGUCAGAAAAGCGGAUGAAGCCGAAAAAGCUGCAUUUGAUGAAUUAUCAAGUACUCUUCGGACCAGUCGUGCUAAAGAACAGGAACAAUCGGAUCGAGUAAAAACGUGGACAAUUAUAGGUUCCACAUUCGGUGCAUUAUUUGGAAUUGUUGGCACUUGGGUGGCAAAUGAAGUGAGGAUGCGCAAGAUGAAAGAACUUAUACCAGAGUCUGCACUGUUAACAUCACUGCUGAAGAAGAUAACGGCAUUAAUUGAGAAACAGCAAAAUGAGGUGGCUGCAUUUAUCACGGACAUUAGAGAAGCAAUGCAUUUGAAAGCCGCUGAGGGGAUAGCAAUUGUUACCCCAAACAGAGGCGUGACUGGCAACGUACUGUCCGAUACGAUUGUCAACCUUCUACAGGAGCAGAAUAAAGUUUUAAAAAAGGAACUUGAUGCAAUAAAACGCCUGAUUGCAAUAGAGCUGAAUUUGAAAUCGGUAACACCAAAUGUGGUAUAUAUUGGCAAUGACAUGGAGGAUCUCCUAAGUAAAUCAGAGAAAAACAUCGAAUCUAAAAUGAAAUUGCAGACACUUGUUGAAGUAGUUUUUCUAUAUGCUCUUAUAGCCGUUUCCUUACCAUUGAUCCAUGCCUUCUUUAGAGGACCCUAA